AUGCGAUUUUUAUUUUUCUUUUUUAUAUUUAUAUUUUCACUCGUUUCAACUUCUGAAAUUAUAAAUGGAGAAACUCAAGGUAUUUUUCAGUUUGAAUAUUUUUUUGAAAACUAUCUAUAAUUUUUUUAGAAACCUUUCGAGAUCUUGAAAUAUUUGAAAAUCCAAAUUUGUUAGCAAGAUCCACUCGACCACGACAAAAAGUUUCUGAAAAUUGUAGCGAUGAAAAGCUGAGAAAAAUUAUGCAUGAAGUUGGUUUUAUUUUUUUCAUUUUUAUUUUCAUAUCUCAAACCCACCUUUUUUCUCACAGAAUAUAUCGGAAGAUGGAUCAACUGAAUCGAAGAGAUCUCUUCAAGCGGUGUUCAAAGAUCGAGAUGGCGUUUGGAGUAUAAUUUGUGCGCCUUGCUCAUUUUCGUACUUGGCACAUAGCCAUGAAUAUUGUGUUCAUUCGCGUUUUGGUGUGACUUGUUUGGUUUUUAGGGAUAUUGUUGGGAGUGAUUAG